UAGCGAUAUUAGUAAUAGUAGUAAUAGUGGAGACUAUUUGGAACUUAAUUUAAAUAUGAAAACUAAAUACUGUUUUCGUGGGUUCGUGUUCGUUCAACAAAGUUCGUGUUGCUUUGGAUCUAGAAAUUGUUGUUAUUUUAUUUGAUAUGAAUUGUUAAAAAGGCAAGAACAUCAGAAAAUUACUUAGUUGACUUACUUUUUACUUCGUUGAUUUGAUUUGAUUUCCUUUUGUUUAAUGUUUGAUAUUUAACAUGAAAAUUUUAUUUUUCAAAAGAUACCUACUACCUUGUUACAGGUACAUUUUGCAUUUGCAAUGCCUAAAGUAAUAAACCCUAUUUGGGAGUAUUUUGAAAAAAAAAAUUCACAACCAUCUAAGGCAGAAUGCAAGCUCUGCAGGAAAACAGUGUCUCUGGGAAGUUUGCAACCUAAGCUUCAAACUAUUAAAGGGUUAAAACUACAUUUAUCGAAAUAUCAUUUGACAGAAAACGAACAUUUUUUAAUACAAAUAGAUGACCUGAAAAACCAAGCAGCUGAAAAGCAAAAUAAUUUAAAAUCAGCGGGCCCUGUACUUCUUGAAACAGACAAGAAGACUCAACCUACGAUGCAGCAAUUGCUGGCGAAUCCGCCAAAAGCCCAAUGGCCCCAUGACCAUGACAUAACAAAACGCAUAGAUAAGGCUAUCAUGGAUUAUAUAUUAGUUGACAUGCAGCCUUAUAACACUGUGUCAGGAAAAGGAUUUAAGCGCUUAAAUUUUGCGGACCCUGCAGGACCAAAAAAAUAUAAAUUGAAAUCUGAAAAAUUUUUUCGCACCCAACUAAUGCCGGAAACUUUUGAAAAAGUUAAAACUAAAGUAGUCAAUUUGCUAUGUGAGGCCGAGUGGAUAAGUUUUACUACAGACAUUUGGUCAAAUCCUACUAAAACUUGUUCACUUCUGAGUUUUACGGCCCAUUUUGUGCACAAUGAACAACGACCAAAAGUAAUCUUGGGUGCAUCAGUUUUAGAAAAUGACCACACGGGCGACUAUAUCUCCGAGAAACUGAAAGAAGUAGUCGAAGAUUAUAAUAUAGGCUCUAAAAUCCACCUUGCUCUUCGCGAUAAUGCUGGGAACAUGGCCCGUGCUACAAGGGUUGCGGAGUACGAUUCGUUGGGCUGUGUGUCUCAUACACUACAACUGGUGAUUCAUGACGCAAUUUUAUCGGUGCCAAACAUAAUAACAAUACUAAAAAAGUGUCGUAAAGUAGUCGGACACUUUCAUAGAAGUGAGCAGGCACGGAGGUAUUUAAAUACUUUCCAAAAAACUUUAAAUUUACCAGAACACACCCUAUUCCAAGACGUGGAAACACGUUGGAACAGCACGUACUUAAUGUUGUCACGGUUGAUUGAGCAAAAAAAUGCGAUUAAUCUUAAUCUAUACCGUGUCGAAAGGGGCUCAAUCAAUGAAAUUAAUAACGAAGAAUGGACGACGAUGCAAGAUGCUGUCAGUGUAUUGGAAUGUUUUUAUGAGGCCACAUUAGACAUGUCGUCAGAUGCAUCAUGUGUCUCCUUGGUGAUACCUUUAGUAGCCAUGUUAAGUGGAAAACUUGCGUCAACUAGCGGGCAAAGUCAGUUUGUAGCGUCGGCAGAUACUGCAAUGUCAGCAGAUAUAGAAAACAAUGAAAGUGAUGCUCUUCAAAAUUGUGCUGCUGCUGAGAUGAAAAGCAAGUUGUUGUGCUCACUCAAUCAUCGCUUUUCAUUCAUACGAACAUCGAGCCCCUUAAUUUGUGCAACAUUGUUGGAUCCCCGAUUCAAAACAAAAUAUUUGACCGAAAACGAGGUAAACGGAGCCAAGACUAAAAUUUUUGAAGUUUUACAAUUAGGUACACCGGCAGGACUUGGAGAGCGUCAGGGUGGAGCGUCAACUUCAGUUAGAUCCGUCAAUGAGACAAGUUUGUGGGCAGCUCACGACUCCAUCGAGUCUGAUGACGACCCAAUGACGGACAACUCACUUGAAUCGUCACUUGACAAUUAUCUGAGAGAGCCAAGGCUGCAUAGGAAUGCAAAUAUCUACGAAUACUGGCAUUCAUCGCCUUACCAACUCCUGCGCCCUGCAGCAAAAAAAUUUUUGUCUGCUCCACCAACAAGUGUGGCUAGCGAACAGCUUUUUAGCAGGGCUGGUCAAUUGUACGACGAGCGGCGUCACAAUUUAACUGGCCACAACGCUGAAAAGUUAUUGUUUUUGUGCUAUAAUAUAGAACUAUUUAAUUUUGAUUAUUAAUGUCUUUUCGUCGUCUUUUAUCAGACCCACUUGCACCAACCAGAGUUAAAAAAAUAAAUGGUAAACCUCGCAUUUACUUUUCAGUUUCGUACAUGGCGUGAUGAAUCCUAAGUUAGCUGUUUAAUUUUUUAACCCUGGUUAGCGCAAGUGGGCCCGAGAAGAGUUUUGUAUGUUUUUAGUCAGUAUUUAUGAAAAUACAGUUUUUUUUUGCAAAAUACGUAUUUUUUCUUUCUUUUCUCAAAUUCUCGGUCUCGGUCUCGGUCUCGGCCGAGAAUUUCAUUUUGUCUCGGUCUCGGUCUCGGUCUCGGCCGAGACAAAAAAAGUGUUCUCGGUCGGACCUUAUCUGCAGCGAUUUUGAUAGCCCACGCAGUGCAAGUGUCAUUUU